ACGGCGGGAGGUGCUCUGCCCUGGCCAGGUUUGGCAGGGCUGGGGGCUGCCUGUGCCGGGCAGGUUGCGGCUGGCACGGUGGUGGAGCGGCUCCGGGGGCUGGCAGUCAAGCGUUGCCUUUUGUUGACUCUAAAAACACGGCUGCUUCUGGUGGGAAACUGAGUGUGGCUGUGUGCUGGGGAGAUUGCGCGGCACACAGCCUCGGUUCCUGCUCCGCGGAAGGAAAUCCCAUCGGGAUAGUAGGCUGUGGCGUGAAAGGACGCGUUUUAAAAUAAAAGGACUCAAAGAGAGAAAAAUAAACCAUCCUGAGACUUGGAGCCUGGAAUGUUAAGCGUGAGGCACAGCAUGUAAAUGACUGGAGAGAGACUUGCAAGGCAGUCCCCAAGAAACUGAGCCUGGCUGUAAAAUAAGCAGGUUACUGAUAGCCUUGCAUAUAUUUACGAGGUACGGUUAUAAGAGUAGCUUCCCCCGCUGCCCUGUUCCAGCCCGCGCUAUGGGAGGUUGUUCUCCAGGAAGGAGAGUCACUGGUGGAGAAACCUUGUCUAGCAAUUAAAGCCUUGCAGCCUGGAGGUCUUGACUGUGUUCCUAGAUCUGCCAGUGACUUGCUGUGUUCUUGGAGCAGCCAGAGCGGCUGUCAGUACCCGGGGUUUCCAGCUCUAUAAUAGGAAGAAUACUUUUUCUAACUCGGAGGGAAGUUGAGAGGCUCAGCGGACGCGUGCACACGCGGUGCUCGAAGAUUGGUGAAUGGAAAGUGGGACAGAAACGCGGAGCGUGAGUCCUGCACAUGUGAGUGUCUGCCUUUGCCGGUUAGAAAAUACUGGCUGCGAGUGUCUGCAGAGCAGCUGUGAAUGUUGGACUGUAGAUAAGGAGAGGAGCAAGGAUGUUGUUUUCCAAACCCUGCGCGGUGCUGGGAGCCAUGCUCCGAUGUUUGGGUGUGGCCUGUGAAUGCACCAGCAGGAUCCGACUUCCCCUUGCAGAAGAGGAGCUGCACGCACGUUGCCUGACCCUUGAUCGCUCAAUCCCUUGAACAAAGCGAUGGGACUUUACUGCGGGGAUGAGACAUCGGUGAGCAGCGAGGACUUUGAUAUGAAUGACUCCACAUGGAUCUCAGCUGACCAGCACCUGAACUCCAGCCUGAGCCCCAGCCAGGACGAGAGCAUGCGCAGCCCGCAGAACCUGCACGGCCACGAGGAUGAUGACUCCUCGUCAGAGAGCUGCAGUGGGAAUGGCUCCUCCACCCUGAACCCCUCCACCUCCAGCAGCACGCAGGGCGACAGCGCCUUCCCCGAAAUGAACGGGAAUGGCACUGCGGCCCCCAUGGACUUCACCGCCUCCGCCGAUGACCAGCCCAUCAACCUCUGUGACAAACUCACACCUGCCCACGUCACCCCUUCCUACCAGUCGGACAGCUGCAGUGCCGACGGGCUGCGCAGCAGGGUCAAGUACGCGGUGAAGACCACGGCAGAGUCCCCUCCAUACAGCUCUGGCAGCUAUGACUCCAUCAAGACAGAGGUCAGUGGCUGCCCCGAGGACCUGACCGUUGGCAGGGCCCCCACGGCCGAUGAAGAUGACGAUGACCACGAUGACCAUGAAGACAACGAUAAGAUAAAUGAUUCGGAGGGAAUGGAUCCAGAGAGGCUAAAGGCCUUCAAUAUGUUUGUGCGCCUUUUUGUGGAUGAGAACCUGGACCGGAUGGUUCCCAUCUCCAAGCAGCCCAAGGAGAAGAUCCAGGCCAUCAUCGAGUCCUGCAGCCGGCAAUUUCCCGAGUUCCAGGAGCGGGCGCGCAAGCGCAUCCGCACCUACCUCAAAUCCUGCCGCCGCAUGAAGAAGAACGGGAUGGAGAUGACCAGGCCCACACCGCCGCACCUGACCUCGGCCAUGGCGGAGAACAUCCUGGCUGCCGCCUGCGAGAGUGAAACGCGGAAAGCAGCCAAGAGGAUGCGGCUGGAGAUCUACCAGACCUCCCAGGACGAACCCAUCGCUCUAGACAAGCAGCACUCCAGAGACUCCACAGCCAUCACCCACUCCUCUUAUUCACUGCCAGCUUCAUCUUACUCCCAAGACCCGGUCUACAUCAAUGGAAGCCUGAACUACAGCUACCGUGGCUACGGGUCCCUGGGGGGCAGCCUGCAGCCGCCCGCCUCCCUGCAGACAGGCAACCACAGUAACGGUCCGACCGAUCUCAGCAUGAAAGGUGGGGCCUCCAGCACGGCCCCCUCCAACAGCACCAGCAGGGGAAUGCAGGCUGCCCAGCUCAGCCCCACGGAGAUCAGUGCGGUGCGGCAGCUCAUCGCUGGCUACCGAGAGUCGGCGGCGUUUCUGCUUCGAUCUGCAGACGAACUGGAAAACCUCAUUUUACAGCAGAACUGACUCCCUGUGUCUGCAUCGCUCCUCUAUCGAGAAGACAAUUUAUACCUGCUAGAAAGAGGCUCCCAGCGGUGUCCUGCUCAGGACCGCCAUCGUCCUCCCAUGAAGUGGCGGGUACAUGUAGUUUUAGAAGGUGGAAUCCAAAAGACCUGUUUUCUUUUACACUCCAAGCACCUGGGACUUCAGGCACAAGGACAUGUUUUUGAACCGUACCAACACCUGUGCGUCCGGCCGACCAGAAGCCAAAUCUGCGGCUUGGAAGGAUGUGGGACUUUCAAGGGCAGAAGGGAGCCUGGGGAGGUUUGGGGCUGCAGAUGUAUUUAGAAUGACCUUUGUGGACCCAAAUGUUAGAUUCCCAUCCCCGGAUAAUUUCCAAGUCUUAGGUGAGCUGAAUCACAUAUUUAUUGAGAAAUGGACCCUCCUCUCCCCUUAGUAAUUUAUUUUUCUGAAAAUGGAUUCUUUUGAGUUUGUACA